AUUAUAUAUGUCAUUAAUUUUCCUAUAAAUUUCCAAAGGUAUGAUCCCAGUAAUUUUACAUCUGUCUGUAGUUACGAGUGAGAGACCUUGAGGGUGCAUUGGAGGUGGAGAAAUCUGCCUUAGAAGAAGUUAGACACAAUAUGGAUGCACUGAACAAGCAGAACAGGGAGCUGGAAACAGCGUUUGAAGAAGAGAGAGACAAGAACAAAGGUCAAGAGUCAAGAAUGGCAGAAAUGGAAGAAAGUUUUCAAAAAGAAAGACGAAGUCUGUCAGUUGAAAUCGAAGACAAGCAGAAAGUCAUUUCUAAUAUGUCCAAACAGCUUGAAGUACAUCAAAAGAACUUCGAAGCGCUCAAAUCAGAAUUGAUUCAAGCCAGGAAACGCCAAAUAAAACUGGACACGACCUAUGGUAGCAGUAUGCGUGAACUAGAACUUCUACUUGAAAACUUCAACCUCAAUAAACCAGAUGAUGAAAAGAAAAAUCAGAAAAAAGACAAAUCCAAGCCACCAUCACCAGCUCAAGUACUUGAAAACUUACGCCAUACAAUGCUUGAUUACCAGAACCGAUGUUCCAAUGCAUCAGCUGAGCUAAAAAGACACCGUGAAGUCGUUGAGAAGCUUUCUUCGGAUUGUGACAAGUAUAAAACCGUGAUUUUAAAUAAAGACAAAACUGUAAAGGUACAGAUUGACAUGCUCCUAGAACUCGGCAAGAUCUUUAGGGUUACAAGCUGUGUGAUGUAUGAUUAAGACCGGCGCAAAAGCAUUCCACAUUUGCUGCAACAUGCGUUCAACGUCAAAUUUCGAACUCGUUUGCGCGGGGCUUUCAAUAUUGACAAUCCGUCUAAAAGUGUUGAAAUUUUGAUUCAACA